GUCAUGUGACUGACGGACUCCGCUGGCGAGUUGUUCCCAUCUCCCACAGUCAUGGCGGUGUCGGGGAGUCGCGGAGAUGGAGUAAACAACACGACUACUACAUCUUGAUUUUUUUUCUUCUUACCCCCACCCCUCUUAGCUUCAUGCUGGAUCUUACCUGCUGUCAUUUGAGAUUUCACAAACAUCCCGCAGGCUGCUGUGCUUCCAACGAUGGCCGACCGCGGCGUUGAUCUGUCGGCUCUGCCUAAAGAGGUCAGGGACCAGCUGGCGGAGUUGGAUCUGGAGCUAUCCGAAGGUGACAUCACGCAGAAGGGCUAUGAGAAGAAAAGGGCAAAACUUCUGGCUCCUUACAUAAUCCACACUCCAGCACCACCCCCUAAAAAUGAUGUACAGCCUCCUCCUCCUCCUCCUAGUUCCUCUGGCCAUCCCCCUCCACCCUCCAGUUCAUCCCGGUAUCGUGAGCGUCGCUCCCGCAGAACGCAUCGUAGUGGAGGAACCAGGGAUGACCGCUACAGAUCAGAUAUCCAUACUGAGGCAGUACAAGCUGCCUUGGCUAAACAUAAGGAAGAGAAAAUGGCACUCCCCAUGCCUACCAAACGGCGGUCCACAUACGUGCAGUCACCCAUUGAAACUCGCACUCCACCAGACUCCUCGUCUGGCUCUGAAGAUGAGACGUCCGUGCGCAGACAGUCAUCAGUGGUUGCUCCUCAGCCUCAGGUCAGCCCCAACCUGCAGAGCCCAGAGUCUUGGGUCAACCACUCCAUCCAGGGCUCCUCCACCUCCUCCUCGGCCUCUUCCACCCUCUCCCAGGAGGCCAAGCCACAGCCUCAGAGCCAACCUCUGCCUCAGUACAAACCGCAGUACCAGCCUCUUUAUCAGCCUCACCACCAACCACAGUACCAACCUCAUCACCAGCCGCAUGAGCAGACCCGCACUGCAGCUGUGACAGACAUGCUGGCUCAUAGUCGCAUUGCAGCCCCCUCAGAGAAUAGUGCACCUCCUCCAGAUGUGACAGCUGUGGCCCCUCCGGCCAGAGGCCCGCGGGUGGACCUGCCCUCCAACGCUGUCGUCCGGGGGAUGAGCCGAGGACAGAGCCGCUCGAGCAUGAUGGAGACUGCGGACGGAAGAGGUAAUAUCCAGAGAGUUCCUGUGAGCAGCAGGGUUUCCACUAAGAUCCAGCAGCUGCUGAACACCCUAAAGAGACCUAAGAGGCCCCCGCUCAGUGAGUUCUUCACCGAUGACUCGGAGGAGAUCGUAGAAGUGCCCCAGCCAGACCCCAACACACCCAAGCCAGAGGGCCGUCAGAUCAUCCCAGUGAAAGGGGAGCCUUUGGGAGUGGUCAGUAACUGGCCCCCAGCACUGCAAGCAGCACUGGCUCGCUGGGGGGCCACUCAGGGGAAGAGCCCUGCCCUCACUGCUCUUGAUAUCACAGGCAAACCACUCUAUACACUGACUUAUGGGAAGCUGUGGAGUCGCAGUGUGAAGCUGGCGUAUACCCUUCUGAACAAACUGGGCACUAAAAACGAGCAAAUCCUCAAACCAGGAGACAGAGUGGCGCUGGUGUACCCCAACAGUGACCCUGGGAUGUUCUGGGUGGCCUUUUAUGGUUGCCUCCUGGCUGAAGUUAUACCUGUACCUAUUGAGGUGCCGCUGUCUCGCAAGGAUGCAGGUAUCAGCCAGGUGGGCUUUCUGCUCGGUAGCUGUGGUGUUGGCCUGGCUCUGACCAGUGAGAUCUGCUUGAAAGGCCUACCCAAGACCCCCACUGGUGAAAUACUACAAUUUAAAGGCUGGCCUCGAAUGAAGUGGGUGAUAACAGACUCAAAGUAUCUCACCAAACCAUCCAAAGACUGGCAGCCACACAUUCCCACUGCUAACACUGACCCUGCAUAUAUAGAGUAUAAAGCGAAUAAGGAGGGUACAGUGGUGGGCGUGGCUGUGUCUAAAGUGGCCAUGUUAACCCACUGCCAAGCACUGACCCAGGCCUGCAACUAUUGUGAGGGGGAAACUUUAGUAAAUGUCUUGGACUUCAAAAAGGACAUGGGCUUAUGGCAUGGAGUUCUCACAGCUGUAAUGAACAGGAUACACACUAUCAGCGUUCCCUAUGCAGUGAUGAAAGCCUGUCCUCUCUCCUGGGUGCAGAGGGUCCACAUCCAUAAAGCUCGCGUAGCUUUGGUGAAGUGCCGCGAUCUGCACUGGGCCAUGAUGGCUCAUCGGGAGCAGAGAGACACCAGCCUGGCUUCAUUACGAAUGCUCAUUGUUGCUGAUGGUGCUAAUCCCUGGUCAGUGUCUUCCUGCGAUGCCUUCCUGAGCAAGUUUCAGUCCCACGGGCUGAAGCCUGAGGUGAUCUGCCCCUGUGCCACAUCUCCUGAGGCCAUGACAGUAGCUAUACGAAGACCCGGAGUCCCUGGUGCACCUCUCCCUGCCCGUGCCAUCCUUUCCAUGGGCGGUUUGAGCCACGGUGUCAUCAGGGUAAACACGGAAGACAAGAACUCCGCUCUGACUGUACAAGAUGUGGGGCAUGUCAUGCCCGGAGCUCUGAUGUGUAUUGUCAGGCCAGAUGGACCGCCUCAGUUGUGUAAAACAGAUGAGAUUGGAGAGAUAAUUAUCAACUCCCGUGCAGGAGGCACCAUGUACUACGGCCUGCCUGGACUCACUAAAAACACCUUUGAGGUGAUACCGGUUAAUGCUAAUGGAGUUCCCAUUGGAGAGAUUCCAUUUGUGCGGUCAGGACUCCUGGGGUUUGUUGGCCCAGGCAGUCUCAUCUUUGUGGUGGGGAAGAUCGAAGGUCUGCUGAUGGUGAGUGGGCGGAGACACAACGCUGAUGACCUGGUGGCCACAGCUCUUGCUGUGGAGCCAGUCAAGACUGUGUAUCGUGGCAGGAUCGCUGUAUUUUCAGUCACAGUGUUCUAUGAUGAGAGGGUUGUAAUUGUAGCAGAGCAGAGGCCCGAUGCCAGCGAGGAGGACAGCUUCCAGUGGAUGAGCCGGGUGCUUCAGGCUAUUGAUAGCAUCCACCAAGUGGGGCUCUACUGCCUGGCUCUGGUCCCGGCAAACACCUUACCUAAAACACCCCUGGGUGGCAUCCACAUUUCUGACACGAAGCAGUUUUUCUUAGAUGGCAGUCUGCACCCCUGCAACAUCCUGAUGUGUCCCCAUACCUGUGUCACCAACCUGCCCAAGCCCCGCCAGAAGCAGCCAGUUGGUGUAGGUCCUGCAUCUGUCAUGGUGGGAAACCUGGUGGCAGGGAAGAGGAUUGCCCAGGCUGCAGGGAGAGACCUCGGCCUGAUCGAAGACCAGGAUCUGGUCCGAAAGCUCUGUAUGUGGCCCACUGUGAUGCAUCAGUAUUUGACAGAGGCUCUACAGUGGAGGGCACAGACAGACCCAGACCAUGUCCUCUACAUUCUUCUUAAUGCCAAGGGUGUAACAGUGGGCACGGCGACCUGCGUCCAGCUUCACAAGCGAGCGGAGAAGAUCGCUGCAGCACUCACUGAGAAAGGCAGCAUCAACACUGGCGAGAAUGUAGUGCUGCUCUAUCCUCCUGGGAUUGAUUUGAUUGCUGCCUUCUACGGCUGUCUCUAUGCUGGAUGUGUUCCUGUAAACGUCAGGCCUCCACACCCUCAGAACCUGACAGCCACGCUGCCUACUGUCCGUAUGAUCAUUGAUGUCAGUAAAGCUGCAUGCAUCCUUACGACACAAAACCUCAUGAGGACUCUGCGCUCCAAAGAGGCGGCUGCCUCUGUAAAUGUUAAAACUUGGCCAACAAUAAUCGACACAGAUGACCUUCCUCGGCGUCGACCUCCACAGAUCUAUAAGCCGCCCACAGCAGAGAUGAUAGCUUAUCUGGAUUUCAGCGUGUCCACCACAGGCAUGCUUACUGGGGUCAAGAUCUCUCAUGCAGCAGUCAGCGCACUUUGUCGUUCUAUAAAGCUUCAGUGUGAACUGUACUCUUCUCGCCAAAUAGCCAUCUGCCUGGAUCCUUAUUGCGGUCUGGGCUUUGUCUUGUGGUGCCUCGCAAGUGUUUACUCAGGUCACCAGUCAAUCCUGAUUCCUCCGUUCGAGCUGGAGACCAGCUUGUCUCUGUGGCUGAGCACGCUCAGUCAGUACCGUAUCAGAGACACCUUCUGCUCCUACUCUGUUAUGGAGCUCUGCACUAAGGGACUGGGUACUCAGACAGAGUUACUCAAGGCCCGUGGUGUGAACCUGUCGUGUGUGCGGAGCUGCGUGGUGAUAGCAGAGGAACGCCCUCGUCUUGCCCUCACACACUCGUUCUCCAAGCUGUUUAAGGAUGUCGGGCUGUCGUCCAGAGCUGUCAGCACUGCUUUUGGUUCCAGAGUUAACCUGGCCAUCUGCCUGCAGGGCACCACUGGUCCUGAUCCCUGUACAGUGUAUGUGGACAUGAAGUCCCUCCGCCAUGACAGAGUGAGGCUGGUGGAGAGAGGAGCACCACAGAGUCUUCCUCUAAUGGAGUCUGGCAAGAUCCUGCCAGGUGUUCGGGUGAUCAUAGUAAAUCCAGAAACCCGAGGCCCACUUGGUGAUUCUCAUCUAGGAGAGAUCUGGGUGAACAGCCCUCACAGUGCGAGUGGCUACUACACCAUCUACGGAGAGGAGAGUCUUCAGGCCGAUCACUUCAACACCAAGCUCAGCUUCGGAGACCCACACACCUUAUGGGCCAGAACUGGAUACCUGGGUUUUGUGAAGAGGACAGAGCUGCUGGAUGCAAGUGGGGAUCGGCAUGAUGCUCUAUUUGUGGUGGGAUCACUGGAUGAGACAUUGGAGCUACGAGGCUUGCGCUACCAUCCUAUUGACAUUGAAACAUCGGUGUCACGGGCUCACCGAAGUAUUGCUGAGAGUGCUGUGUUUACGUGGACCAACCUGCUGGUGGUGGUGUCGGAGCUGUGCGGCUCAGAGCAGGAUGCGCUGGACCUGGUGCCGCUGAUAACCAACGUGGUGCUGGAGGAGCAUCACCUCAUCGUGGGUGUGGUGGUUAUCGUUGACCCUGGCGUCAUACCGAUCAACUCCAGGGGAGAAAAGCAACGCAUGCACCUUCGUGACUCUUUCCUUGCUGACCAGCUGGAUCCCAUCUAUGUUGCUUACAACAUGUGAGUGCUCGUGGUGGUGUUCUGGGUUUUUUCAGCCAUCACCCACAGUCCUCUGCACCGUCAUCCUGACAUCUGACUACUGGCUUGGCAGAGGUGUAAAGCAAAAGCAUGAACCACAUGUACUGACACCUAGCCCUGUGUGACACCAGCAUAUCUUGGCCACAUGCAUGUCUGUGAUUGGAUCUGUGAUGCUUGGAGUUGUUCACUGUUUUUUUUUUUGUUUUUUUUUUAUAUAUAUAGAUAGAAUUUUGAAAAUGUGGCAGAGGUAACAUACACGACAUAUUGCAAAGAAACUAAAGUCCCUGCUGCUCUUGUUUUUUUGGGUUUUUUUUUUGGAGAAGGGGUGGAACAACACAUACAACAGGACCACUUUUUAAUGAAUCUUUGUGAAAAUCCAUCCUCUUAUUCUGCCGUUACCACAAAUCCCUUCCUUUUUUGUGUCCACAUGGAGCUACCACACUUCAAUCUGCAACUUGAAAUAUUUUUACAUUUCAAACGCACACAAAUGCAUGUGCUGAGCCCUUAUCAUUUAUCACUAAUAUAGAUGAAUAAGAGGGCAAACUGUGAAAAUAACAGCGAGUCUGUGUGCAUUAUUUAGAAUGCUUUUUCCCUUAAUAAUGAAGCCAAAUAGAUUUUCUUGCCCUAAUAUAUUUCCUGCCUUAUAAAACGUUAAAACAGCCAUACAUUCCUAACUUAAUUUUUAAGAAUUUACCCUCAAUGGCUGUUUAUUCCCUUUUGGGUCUAAUAGUUGAAAUCCUGGUAGAUAUCCAAAGGGAUCAAAGUAAAAGAUGAAAGAGGCCAUAUUCUGUACUGUACUUACGAGGGCCUCCUUUUAUUUUAGAUACUGUACGUUACUGUAUAGAUAUUUUUAAUUGUAUAAAUGUAUAGAUGCUCACUCAGCUCUCUCGGUUGAUGGUUUGUAGAUAAACAACCCAGCAGGGAGAUUAUAAUAGUAGCAGAAAGAAGAUUGUAAAUACGAUUUAACAGUUUUGAAAGUACUUUUGAAGUGGUACCCUAGCUGUGGAACGGAGGAUAAAGAUAAAUAACUUUAAAGCAUUAUUAGUCAGGAUGAAUUUAACAUUGCACUUUCACAAAAGAAAAGUCUAUUUUAUUAUAACAAUGUGGCAUUAUAAAUGGUUCAGGAGCAUGUGUGUGAAGAAUCUUGGCUGAGGAGUUUUGAGGCUUCGGUGGGAGCGCAUCACUGUUAAUGCCUGAAAACUUUGCUGUCAGCCACUGGGGGGAGAGUGUGUGUGGAGAAGGCUUAAACCCAAUAUUAUGACUGUUUUCAGGCUACCAGGUUAUUUUGUAAGAAAAAAGCAGGCCCCACAAGUGUUCAUAUACAAUCCAUUACCAUUGUACUUGCAAAACAGCCCUUCUCAGUUUUGUUUUACAUAACAGAACAGGUGUGUAAAAGUUUGGCCCUUUUCUCCCCCUCAGCGCUCAGAAGUUCAUUCAAACUGUGUUUUGUCUUUGUGCAACUUUGUAAAUAGUUACUCUGAAUGGCAAAAAUAUUGCUGUCAGUACCGUCGUCAUGGAUCUGGAUUAUUUUCUGUAUUCAGUCACUGGAUUUAGAAGCAGCUGUGAAUCCAUCUGCAAACCAGAUUUGAAACAUCCUUGAUUGGCAAAUAAACAUAAUGUAGAAAAAUGAGUUAAAAAAAAACACAGCAGCGAGAUAUAUUUGCUAACUGUAUUUGGUUUCCUGCAAUCUUGUGCUUUCCUUGUGCUCCUCGCCAUAAGUCAAAGGUCGUUUGUAUUGGAUUCUACUGUUUCAGUGAUGAACCUUUAAUAUCAAUAUGUAAAUAUUUUUUUUUGUUCUGUUUAGAAUUUUGCUGUAGUUUUAUUAUAACAUUCAGUCAUGCCAAACAUACUUUUAGAAACAACUUUAAUCAUUUAACAUAACCGGGGAUGAUUUAAUCAUCUAAUGACUGCACUUUGCACUGUUGGUACUUACAGCAGGUUUCUAUUGUAUGGACUUUAUCUCCAUUAGAUGUUACAUUAAGUAUGUGAAUAAUUUUACUGCUUGACACUUGGUUUUGCCCAGUUUUAAGUAUAU